AUGGGGUUCGUCUCCUUCGUCGGGAGGGUGCUCUUCGCCUCCGUCUUCCUCCUCUCCGCCUACCAAGAGUUCAGUGAGUUUGGAACCGAUGGAGGACCAGCAGCAAAGUCUCUCAAGCCCAAGUUCAACCUGUUUGUCAAGCAGGUGUCCGCCGGCAUUGGGAUGGCGGUGCCACACAUCGAUAUCAAGUCUGUCAUUGCCUUCACCAUGUUUCUUAAAGCCUUUGGUGGUCUCCUUUUCAUCAUCAGCAGCUCGUUCGGAGCGCUCGUCCUGCUUGUUUACCUGGCAUUCAUAACCCCUGUCGUGUACGACUUCUACAACUACGACAUGGAGUCCCAGCAAUUUGCCAAGCUCUUCACCAUGUUUUCCUCAGAACCUGGCCCUAUUCGGCGCGCUGCUCUUCUUCCUGGGGAUGAAGAACUCCAUCCCAAGGAGGCACUCCAAGAGAAGGGCCGCAAAGGCCAAGACAACCUGAAGCCAGCCAACCAAGCCAAGGGAUCGUGGUAG